AUGACCGCCAUCGAAGAUAUUUUACAAGUCACCUCCGAUCCUUCCGAUACCCGCGGCUACUACAUAUUGAAGUCUGAGGAAGUGUCCCAGGGCUCGACUCUUGGAGUUGAUUUUAUUGAUACGCUAUUGAUAUAUCAACUCACUGAAAAUGAGGAACUUACCAAGCCUUUCGAGUAUCUGAAUGACUGUUUCCGCCGUAAUCAACAGCAAAAGAGAAUCACUAAAAACAAGCCCAACGCCGAGUCAUUACAUUCCACUUUUCAGGAGAUUGAUCGUCUUGUCAUUGGCUAUGGUGUUGUUGCCUUACAAAUAGAGAAUUUCUGCAUGAAUGGUACUUUCAUCAAUUAUAUCACUGAAAUCGUCUCAAAUGUAAACGCAUACACUGAUUUUCUCUCCCAAAUCAUUCAAAGAGCCAUUUUGGAGGGUUCUGCUUUAGAUUUGCUUAAUGUCGUCUUCCCAACAUUACUACAGUACUGUAAUCAGCACGUCAGCCAUUUUGAUCUAAACGAAUCUGUGAUUUACAACAACGUUCUUACUAUUUACGAAUUAUUCGUUACUUUCAAACCUAUUGCAGAAGUGUUCACUAAGAUAGAAGGGUUUUUUGCAAACUAUAGCUGUAAGCCACAAUUUUUUGAAAAACAAACGAUAUUGGGCCCUAUUUUAUCUCUAUCUCCAAUAGAUGCUGCUGUUGCAAUUCGUAAUUAUGGUGACAAUCUUCUACGUUCUAAACAACAAACAGCCAUGAUCCACGAAUCUCUACAAGCCGAACACAAAGUUGUUAUAGAUAGACUCUUUUUCAUUGUCGAUAGGCUUGUUCGUGGUUCUCUAGACUCAAGGACCGAUAUGAUAAGCUAUUUUGCCCAUAUCGCUAAUAAGAACCAUUUACGUAGAGCCGAUCAUCCACCAUUUAAAGAACUAUCUUCUAAUGGAUUCAUGUCCAAUAUCACUUUAUUACUGGUUAAAUUUUCUCAACCGUUCCUAGACACCUCAUACAAGAAAAUCGACAAGAUUGACGCGAAUUACUUCAAUAACCCAAGCCUAUUUAUUGAUCUGUCUGGAGAAACACGCUUGAACUCAGAUUUCAAAGAGGCAGAUGCAUUUUAUGAUAAGAAUCGGAAAACUGCGGACACCAAGCCCAAUUUUAUAUCAGAUUGCUUUUUUUUAACACUGACUUAUCUGCAUUAUGGUCUCGGAGGUACACUAUCAUUUGAAGAGAAGAUGGGGCCUGAGGUCAAAGCGUUAAAGGAAGAGAUCGAAAAAGUAAAAAAAAUAGCCGCAAGUCAUGAUGUCUUCGCCAGAUUUGUCACGGCACAAUUAUCCAAGAUGGAGAAAGCAUUGAACACUACACAAUCUUUACAAUUUGCUGUUCAGGGAUUCUUCGCACAUAGAUCACUGCAGCUGGAGGUCUUUGAUUUUAUUUGCGGCGCAUCUACCUUUUUAAUUCGUGUUGUGGAUCCUAAACAUGAGUUUCCGUUCAAGCAAAUUAAAUUACCGUUAAUUCCUGAUCAAAUUGGUGUUGAAAACGUUGAUAACGCCGAUUUUUUGAGAGCGCAUGCUCCAGUGCCUUUUAAGUACUACCCAGAAUUCGUUGUAGAGGGUCCAAUCAAUUAUUCUCUCUACAUCUCCAAAUACCAGACAUCCCCCAUUUUUAGAAAUCCACGUCUAGGAUCGUUUGUUGAACUUACAACAAUGGUACUUCGUUGCCCUGAAUUGGUUUCUAACCCGCAUUUGAAAGGUAAAUUGGUGCAACUAUUAAGCGUUGGUGCCAUGCCAUUAACCGAUAAUUCACCUGGAUUUAUGAUGGAUAUAUUUGAACACGAUGAAUUGGUAAAAAAUAACCUCUUAUAUGCUCUAUUAGAUUUCUAUGUUAUUGUCGAAAAAACGGGUUCUUCAUCACAAUUUUACGACAAAUUCAAUAGUAGAUAUAGCAUAUCGAUCAUUUUAGAGGAACUUUAUUACAAAAUACCAUCUUACAAGAACCAAUUGAUCUGGCAAUCCCAAAACAACGCUGAUUUUUUUGUGAGAUUCGUGGCCCGUAUGUUGAAUGACUUGACCUUCCUUUUAGAUGAAGGUCUAAGUAAUUUAGCUGAAGUUCAUAAUAUUCAAAAUGAGCUGGAUAAGCGUGCAAGAGGGUCACCACCAACGAGAGAAGAGGAAGACAAGGAGCUACAAACGAGACUAGCGUCCGCUUCCAGACAAGCUAAGUCAUCGUGUGGACUAGCUGAUAAAUCGAUGAAGUUGUUCGAAAUUUAUUCGAAGGAUAUAUCAGGAGCAUUUGUCACACCAGAAAUUGUGUAUAGAUUGGCUAGUAUGCUAAAUUAUAAUCUAGAAUCAUUAGUUGGACCCAAAUGUGGGGAAUUGAAAGUGAAGGACCCACAGAGUUAUUCAUUCAACCCAAAAGAUUUGUUGAAAGCCUUGACAACAGUCUAUAUCAAUCUUUCCGAACAACCGGAAUUCAUCAGCGCUGUUGCUAAAGAUGAAAGAUCUUUUGAUAGAAAUCUUUUUAUUCGUGCUGUUGAUAUUCUUGGUAGAAAGACAGGUUUAGCAUCUCAAGAAUUUGUCGAAAAACUGUUAAACUUUGCCAAUAAAGCCGAAGAGCAGAGAAAGGCUGACGAAGAGGAAGACCUUGAAUAUGGUGAUGUUCCUGAUGAGUUCUUAGAUCCCUUAAUGUACACAAUUAUGAAAGACCCAGUCACUUUACCAGCGUCUAAGAUGAAUAUUGAUAGAAGUACAAUCAAAGCACAUCUCUUAAGCGACUCCACUGACCCAUUUAAUAGGAUGCCUUUAAAGUUGGACGACGUAAAACCGAAUGAAGAACUUAGACAGGAAAUUCUUGCUUUUAAAAAACAAAAAAAAGAGGAAGCUAAAAAUAAAACAAAGGAAUAA